AUGGAUAUUGUAAGCAUAAAAAGAUCGGGUAAGGGACUUGUUCCUGAUACCGUUACUUAUACUUCUCUUAUGGAUGGUUUCUGCAAAAUGGGGAGAAUACAAUGCGCACAGAAGUUGUUGUUUGAGAUGCAAGCUUUUGGCCAACUUCCAGAAGUUCAAACUUAUGCUGUUUUACUCAAUGGCUUGUGUAACAAUGGGCAAUUACAUGUGGCAAUGGAAAUUCUUAGAGAAAUUGAAGCCAGCAAGGUGCAUCUAAAUAUAGUAAUUUACGGUAUUAUUUUGAAAGGUUUGUGCAAUGCUGGAAAAGUGGAAGUUGCAAGGGAAGAAUUUUGUGGCUUAUUAACAAAAGGACUUCAACCUGACACUAAAACAUAUACAAUAAUGAUCAACGUAUUUUGUAAAGUGGUCCUAACUAGUGAAGCUGAAAAGUUACUUAGAGAGAUGGAAGAGAGGGGCUGCUCUGCAGAUGAUUGGACAUACAGCACAAUGGUCCGAGGGUUUAUCUAUAAUAUUGAACCAUUAAAGGCUAUAGGACUUACUCAUGAGAUGAUGAAGCAGGGUUUUUCUGCAGAUGCUUCAACCAUGGGUUUAAUAGUUGAGUUAUGUUCUAAUUAUAAAGUAGAUCAGACUUUGUUGCCUAUUUGA